GUCCAGUGUGCGGCAGCAUGGCGGCCGGCGCGCCGCGGCUACUGUGCGUCUGCGCCUGCGUCUGGCUGCUGCACGCGCCGGGCUCGCUAGCGCAAUCUUCCCGCCGUGCGCAGCGUCAGGAGUGCGAGACGACCGUCCUUGCGGACCGCAUCUACGGCGGCGAGAGGGCCACCAUCGGUCAGUAUCCGUGGCUCGCCCUGCUGCAGUACCGUUCCCCUGAAGGGGAGCUGGCGUUCCUGUGCGGCGGCGCGCUGGUCAGCCCGCGCUACGUGCUCACCGCCGCCCACUGCCUCCAGAGCAAGCCCUCCGGCGGCACCCUGGUGAGCGUGCGGCUGGGCGAGUUCGACGUGGACUCUGAGUUCGACUGCUUCGAGCCGGACGUGAACGGGACGCGGGUGUGCGCCGACCCGCCGCUCGACGUAGAGCCGGAGCGCCUCCUGCCGCACCCCGGCUACCGCGGCCAGGACAACAGCUACCAGAACGACAUUGGGCUCAUCCGGCUCAACCAGGAGGUCAUGUACACAAAUAACAUCCGGCCGAUCUGCCUUCCGUCUCCACAGGAUGUCAACGAGACCUACAAAAACUGGCAGCCGACUAUCGCAGGCUGGGGUCGCACUGAAACGAGCGAUGGUGCCGGUGGUGGAGGGCGGCGCGUGCGCGGCCAAGUUCGGCGGCGAGGCGUCGCUGCGCGUGGACCCGCGGCGGCAGGUGUGCGCGGGCGGCGAGCGGCGCGACUCGUGCCGCGGCGACUCGGGCGGCCCUCUGAUGGGCACGCGGCCGGCCGACGCCGUCACCGUGGCCGUCGCCGUCGCCAGCUACGGGCCCGACCCCUGCGGCAAGCCGGGCUGGCCCGGCGUCUACACGCGCGUCGACGCCUACCGCUCCUGGCUACUCCGCAACAUGCGGCUCUGAAGCCGGCGUUCCCUCUGCCACCACCUGCCCACAUUCGCACACCUACUUUUUACGGAAAAGUCUCUCCCUUUUGUUCCCUAGCACUCCGACUCAUCUGGCGGGACCUUUCCAGCUGUGUAAUGCCAUCUUCUCGACUACCUCAUCUUACAUUAUGUGUGAGGAUCACGACGUACCUUUUAAGAUUUGCAAAAUUAUAUAAAAUAAGACACUUUUAACGUUGUAUUUUCUCAAAGUACCUCCACAAAACUUACACUAAGGUGACAAAACAUAUGGGAUGCCUCCAAAUGUCGUGUCCGACCACCAUUUUCCCGGUCUAGUGCAGCAGCUCAACAAGUCGUUCGAAGUCCCUUGCAGAAAACUUGAGCCCUGCUGUCUCUAUAUUCGUCCAUAAUUACGAAAGUGUUGCUUGUGCAGCAUUUUGUGCACAAACUGACCUCUCUGUUAUCUCCCAUAAACGUUCAGUGAGUGCUCAAAUCAUUCGCUCAAAUUGUCUAGAAUGUCCUUCAAGUCAGCGACGAACAAUUGUGGCGCAGUGACAUGGCGCAAUGUCAUUCAUAAAAAUUCCAUCGUCUUUUGGGAACAUGAAGUCCAUGAAAGCCUGCAAAUGGUGUACCAGUAGCGAACAUAACCACUUCCAGUCAAUGUGCGUUUCAGUUGGACCAGGGAACCCAGUCCAUUCAAUGUAAAAACAGCCCAGACCAUUAAGAAACAACCACCAGCUUGCAAAGUGCCAUGUUGACAACUUGGGUCCACGGCUUUGUGGGGUCUGUGCCUCAAUCGAACCCUACCAUCAGCUCUUACCACUGAAACCGAGACUAAUCUGAUUAGGCCGCGGUUUUCCAGUCGUCUGGGGUCCAAUGGAAAUGGUCACGAGCUCGACAGAGGCGCCGCAGCCUAUGUCGUGCUGUUAGCGAAGGCAGCUGCUCCUAUAGCCCUCCGUACCACAUUUUGCCUCACUGUCCUAAAGGAUACGUUCGUCGUACGUCCCACAUUGAUAUCUGCGGUUAUUUCACGCAAUGUUGCUUGUCUAUUUGCACUGACAAACCUGUGCAAACGCUGCUGCUCUCGGUCGUUAAGUGAAGGCUGUCGGCCACUGCGUUGCCGUGGUGGCAGGUAAUGCCUGAUACUUCGUAUUCUCGGCACACUCUUGACACUGCAGAUCUCGUAAUGUUGAAUUCCCUAACGAUUUCCGGAAAUACGUCUAGCUCCAACUACCAUUUCGCGUUCAAAGUGUGUUAAUAGUCGUCGCGCGGCCAUAAUCACGUCGGAAACUAUUUCACAUGAAUCACCUGAGUACAAAUGACAGCUCCGCCAAUGCACCGCCCUCUUAUACCUUGUGUACGCGAUACUACCGCCAUCUGUGUAUGUGCAUGUCGCUAUCCCAUGACUUUUGUCACCUCACUGUAAUCCACUCUUAAAAACCAGUUCUGAAAACUGUUUUUUUCCUCAUUUUCAUCAAAUACUGUAAACUUACUGUUGUUGGCGUCCACAAUUUCGAUUGCACACAAAAUUUUUCUGUCCGUGUAAGUUUUAACUUCAGAGGACACGAAGGAAUCACAUAGCA